UCUCUCCUUUUUCUGCACGGGCUCAUUCUUCCUCCUCUCUUUUCCAUUUGAUAUCCCUCCUCCCUUUUCUCCCUCUGCAAUGCAUCUCUCUCUUCUCUUCACGGCCGGUGUCGCCGUGGCCGCUCCGUCCUUCAACCGUCGCCGUCAGGCUAGUCACAAUGAAUCGAUCACCAACAUCCAGGUCGGACCUCGUCCGUUCUACCUGAUCGACGACAUGGACGCAAGCCCCCUGAAGGAUGAGCUGCAAGGGUGCUCCGAGAAGCGCAUCACGCACGCGCCGACCUUCUCCAUUUCGCAUCGCGGCGGCCCCCUGCAGAUCCCCGAGCAUAGCCGCCAGGGGAUGUUGGCUGGCGCGCGCAUGGGGGCUGGCAUCGUCGAGUGCGACGUCGCCUUUACCAAGGACCGCCAGCUCGUGUGUCGCCACUCUCAGUGCGAUCUGCACACCACCACCAACAUCCUGACCAUCCCCGAGCUGGCCGCCAAAUGCUCCACCCCCUUCGAGCCGGCCACCGACGACCAGCCCGCCCAGGCCCGCUGCUGCACCUCCGACAUCACCCUGUCCGAGUUCAAGUCGCUCUGCGCGAAGAUGGACUCCAGUAACGACUCGGCCACCACCCCCGAGGACUACCAGUACGGUGGACCCAACUGGCGCACCGAGCUCUACGACCAGUGCGCCACCCCCGUCGAGCACAACGAGUACAUCGACCUGAUCGACUCCCUGGGCCUGCAGUUCUCGCCCGAGCUCAAGGAGCCCCAGGUCGACAUGCCUUUCCAGGGCAACUACACCCAGGAGAUGUAUGCCCAGCAGCUGAUCGACGACUACAAGCGCAAGGGGAUUCAUCCGUCGCGCGUGUGGCCGCAGUCCUUCGUCGAGGACGACAUCUUCUACUGGAUCAAGCACGAGCCCGCCUUCGGUCGCCAGAGUAUCUACCUGGACGAGCGGAUCGACACCGAGGAUGGAUACGCCAAGGCUGUCGCGAGUCUCCCGGAAUUGGCCAAGAAGGGCGUCAAGAUCAUGGCGCCGCCGAUCUUUGCGCUGCUGAACGCCACCGACGACGGCGAGCUCGUGCCGUCCGAGUACGCGAAGGCCGCCAAGGAUGCCGGUCUGGAUCUUAUCACUUGGUCGCUGGAGCGGACAGGUCCGUUGAAGGCUGCGGCUGAGGAGAAGGAGUAUUACGUGCAGUCAAUUGCGGAUGCCAUUAGCAAGGACGGUGACAUGUAUCGCAUUGUCGAUGCGUUGGCGCGCAAGGUUGGCGUCAGGGGGAUUUUCUCGGACUGGCCGGCCACGGUGACGUACUAUGCCAACUGCGUGGGUUUGGCGUAAUUCUGAAGACAUCUAGAUGUAAAUAUCAUGGCGAAUAGUGAGUGUAUAGAUUAGAGGAUGAAAAGGGGAGGAUGUACGACUAAAUGGGGAUAAUGAAACGAAUAUACGAGUA